CUGCAAACCUAUGAUUCCCUGAAACCAGUUUCAAGCCUUCAAAAAUAACAUAUGCUACCUAUUCACUCAAAACCCAAGCCAUGGAACCCACCCAUUGCACCACCAAAUCCAAAAUCUUUUAAAAAGAUUAUUCCCCUAAGAGUUUCAAACACUUUGAAUGAAAACAGGGAAGCAAAUCAAUCAGAGGCAGGCAGAAUCAAACGCUUGGUGUUAACUAAAGAAGGCAGAACCAAGUUCAACACGUUCCCCGACAGGGAAUUCUAUGCUCUUCCAAGGUUUGUCACUCAUGUUGACGAUGGAUUCAUCGCCACGUUAACGGAUUUGUAUCGGGAGAGGUUAAGGCCUGACAUAGAGAUUCUUGACCUCAUGAGUUCAUGGAUUAGUCAUCUACCAAAUGAAGUUGUUUACAAAAGAGUGGUAGGGCAUGGACUUAACGCUCAGGAGCUUUCCAGGAAUUCUAGGAUGGAUUACUUCUUUGUCAAGGAUCUAAACCAGGAUCAGAAACUCGAGAUCGAAGACGCACGUUUCGAUGCUGUGGUAUGCACUGUCAGUGUGCAGUAUCUUCAGCAACCUGAAAAGGUGUUUGCAGAAGUUUUUCGGCUUCUUAGGCCGGGAGGUGUUUUCAUAGUGAGCUUCAGCAAUAGACUUUUCUAUGAGAAAGCAAUCAGUGCCUGGAGAGAUGGAACUGCAUAUAGUAGAGUACAACUUGUUGUGCAGUAUUUCCAGAGCAUCGAAGGGUUUACGGCACCGGAAGUGAUCCGUAAACUACCAUCUGCUGGUAAUUCUCGUGUCGACAAAUCACCAUUUAGUUGGUUCAUGAAGUGGCUCAGGUUAUUUUCGAAUUCAGACCCUUUUUAUGCUGUCAUAGCUUACAAGAACUUCAAACCUGUAUAUGAAUAAAAGAGAACUUAAGUAGAUGCUGUUAUA